CGGGCCGCCAGGCGGGGAGCGCCGCGGCGGCCCCAGGAGGUGGCGGCGGGCGCGGGAGCCCGGGCCGCGCGGGACUGGCCGUCGGGGGCCCGGGACGGCGGCCCCGGAGGCGCCCAUGCCAUGGACAAGCUGGCGGCCGGCCUGGCCGGCCUGCGCUGGAGCGUGGUCGCCUUCCCGCUGGACCUCAUCGUCAGCCGCUGCCGCCUGCCGACGCUCGCCUGCCUCGGGCCAGCCCCUCCUCCGACCCGCGGCGGCCCGGAGUGGGCACAGGGAGCAGCAGCGACCGUACCCGGGCCGUCGGACAGGGGUGCCCCGCAGACCGACGUCUUGUUCUCAGGACCAUCAGCAUGUGACCCCGAGACGGUGCUUGUCGGCAGCAAGGAUGUGGGAGUAUGCCGAGGGCGUCAGUGAGCGAGACAUCCUGCUCAUUCACUCCUGCCGCCAGUGGACCACGGUGACAGCCCACACCCUGGAGGAAGGCCACUACGUCAUCGGGCCCAAGAUUGACAUCCCCCUGCAGUACCCAGCCUGCAUUUCCUCCCGUGCAGGGAAGUUCAAGCUCCUGGAACAGGCCCGGGAUGUGCGGGAGCCAGUGAGGUACUUCAGCAGCGUGGAGGAGGUGGCCAGCGUCUUCCCCGACCGCAUCUUUGUGAUGGAAGCCAUCACCUUCAGUGUCAAGGUGGUGUCGGGAGAGUUCAGCGAGGACAGCGAGGUGUACAACUUCACGCUGCACGCGGGCGAUGAGCUCACUCUCAUGGGCCAGGCAGAGAUCCUGUGCGCCAAGACCACCAAGGAGCGCUCGCGCUUCACCACCCUGCUGCGCAAGCUGGGCCGGGCCGGGGCCCUGGCCGGAGUGGGCGGGCCAGGGGGCUCAGGGGCCGCGGGAGGGGGCGCCCGGCCCAUCAAAGGCAAGAUGCCGUGCCUCAUCUGCAUGAACCACCGCACCAACGAGAGCCUGAGCCUGCCCUUCCAGUGCCAGGGCCGCUUCAGCACACGCAGCCCGCUGGAGCUGCAGAUGCAGGAGGGCGAGCACACGGUGCGCGCCAUCAUCGAGCGCGUGCGGCUCCCGGUGAACGUGCUGGUGCCCAGCCGGCCGCCGCGCAACCCCUACGACCUGCACCCGGUGCGGGAGGGCCACUGCUACAAGCUGGUCAGCAUCAUCUCCAAGACCGUGGUGCUGGGGCUGGCGCUGCGCCGCGAGGGCCCGGCGCCCCUGCACUUCCUGCUGCUCACCGACACGCCGCGCUUUGCGCUGCCGCAGGGCCUGCUGGCCGGGGACCCGCGCGUGGAGCGCCUGGUGCGCGACAGCGCCUCCUACUGCCGCGAGCGCUUCGACCCCGACGAGUACUCCACCGCCGUGCGCGAGGCGCCCGCGGAGCUGGCCGACGACUGCGCCAGCCCGCGCCGCGCGCGCCUCUGCCUGCCCGCGCCCCAGCGCGCCCCCGCGCCCGCCCGCGCCCCCAGCCCGCCCGGCGACAGCGACCAAGAGUAUGUGAGCCCCGACUGGGCUGGCGCGCCAGAGCCCGCAGCCUCGCCCGCCGAGAUCCCUUACGAGGAGCUGUGGGCACAUCAGGCGGCUGAGGGCCUUGCUGAGGGCCGGACCCGGCCGCCCCCGGGGCCCGACCUCAUCUCCUUCGGGGCCCCGGGGCCGCCACGCCUGGAGCCCGAGACGCAGCCGCCUCCCGUGCCUCCCAAAUCCGAGGCGGUGAAGGAGGAGUGCCGCCUGCUCAAUGCCCCGCCUGUGCCUCCCCGGGGUGGCAGUGGCGGCGGCCGGCUCUCGGGCAGCCCCCCAGUGCCCCCGCGCUUCCCCAAGCUACAGCCGGUCCAUUCGCCCAGCUCCAGCCUCUCCUACUACUCCUCUGGCCUCCAGGAUGGGACGGGUUCCCGCAGUGGCAGCGGCUCCCCGUCGCCAGAUGCCUACUCCCUCUAUUGCUACCCAUGCACCUGGGGAGACUGCAAAGUGGGCGAGUCCUCCAGCCGCCCACCCUCGGGGCCCCCCCCCUCCACCACACAGCCCAGCCAGGCCUCGCGGGCCCUUGCAGAGCCCCUGAGCAGUCGAACUGCUUCCCUCCUGGGGGCCGACACCCCCAUCAAGACCUACCACGGCUGCCCGCCGCUCUUCAAGCCCUCUCAGCCCCAGAAACGCUUUGCUCCAUUUGGAGCUCUCAACCCCUUUUCCGGGCCUGCCUACCCCUCAGGCCCUUCAGCGGCCCCCUCUUCUGGGCCCACAACCGCUUCAGGGGCUGUGGCUACCUCCAGCCCUGCGUAUUCCCCAGGCCCAGGGUCUCCAGGCCAGGCCUAUUCAGCUGCUUCCACCUCCUCGGGCCCCACCUCCUCUUCCUCUUCCUCUGAGUGGCAGGAACCAGCCCUGGAGCCCUUUGAUCCCUUUGAGCUGGGGCAGGGUGGUUCUCCGGAGCCUGAGGUGCUGCGCUGCCAGGAGCCCAGAGCUGUGGGGGUACCUGGAUCCGGACCCCGCCUCUCACCGCUUGGACCCCCCAAGGUUUCAGAGCCUGAAAGUUUAGUGCUGCGGCAGGCAUCUGCGUCACUGUCACCAGUGGCCGUGAAGGGGCCCAAGGCAGGUGGAGCACGACUCCUCCUCAACCAAGGGCGCCUGGAAGGGCCUCCCGCCAGUCCCCGGGACGGGGCCACGGGCUGGGGAGGCCGGGAUCCUUCCUGGCAGCCCCCGGCUGACCUGUCUGCGCUCUCCCUGGAGGAGGUCUCCCGCAGCCUGCGUUUCAUCGGGCUCUCGGAGGACGUGGUGAGCUUCUUCGCCCGAGAACGCAUUGACGGCAGCAUCUUUGUGCAGCUCAGUGAGGACAUCUUGGCAGACGACUUCCACCUCACCAAGCUUCAGGUCAAGAAGAUCAUGCAGUUCAUCAAAGGCUGGCGGCCCAAGAUCUGACCUUCCCAGCUUGGAGCUGCACAACCAGAACGCUGGCAGAGAAGCCCUGGGGCCAGCUGGGGGACUGCAGGGGGGAACCCCGGGGGCGGGUCCUGCCUGCGGGGAGGAUCUUUGCCGAGACUGAGGAUGCUAGGUAGCUAGCUAUCUGUGAGCCCAGGGGAGACACCCUUGGAAAUGGGGUCCUCUGGGGCCACACCCCUGCAUGGGGAUGGCCUGCCUUUGCAUGUGCAGAGUAGGUGGGGAGAGGGCGGGAGGCCCCGGGGUGCACCUGGACCUGGUCAGGCAUUUGCUGCGAUUCCCACGGUGGGGUCGAAAGGUGGCCUCUGUGGGACCUCACACUCUCCCACGCCCUGCUGCAGGGCUUCACAGACGUCACGCACUUCUCGUUUGUAGGUUCAGGUUAGAGACAAGGGAAGCUGGCCCGUAAUUUAAGCACAAACUCCCAAGUGCCCUCUCUCCCCUGAGCUCCGGGGGCUUCUGGCCUAAGCUGCCCCAGGGUCGGGGUGCCAAUUUUGGGACCUCUGCCAUGCCUUUCCCCUCCCCCUCUGCUCUACCAUGGGGAGGUCCCUGGCCCUGAGCACAAGUGUAUCCAGGACAAGCCCAUACCACCGCAGCUUGAGGCUCCGCCCCUGGGUUCUGGCUUGUGGGUGAUGACUUUGAAGGAGCGCAGCUCUGCGUUUGAGGUACUUAUCUAGUGCGGGGGGGGCAGAUGCUCCACUCAUGUCCUGGGUUCUCCCUUGAACUCAAUGCAGCAGGCCCCCCACUCCGUCCUGCCAGGUCAGGCCAGUCUGCCAAGACCCUGACUCCGUGGAAGAGCAGGUGGAUUUGAGCCCGCUGCUCCUUGAUCCUGGAGGCAAGUGGUUUUCAACCACUCCCACUUGCCCCUGUCUCCUGCCCCCACCCCUCGACUGCUCAAACACCUGGUGUCCUUCCCUGGUUUCCUGUCACUGGUGCACAGGGGGGACGGGUGGGAGAGAGAAAGCACAGUGGCUUGGAGAAACCUGCCUUUUCUCCCCUGGAGCUCAGGCCCCCUGCACCCGCUCAUGUGUGUCAGGGAAGGUCUUGGUGCCCUAGGUCUCCAGUGUGGUCAUCUGCUUGGCACCCAGAGCGGGUUGGCUACUGUGUACAACUCCCCACCCCCCUGCCCAUCCAUCCCUGCCUCACCUGCCUGGGACCACACCAAUCCUCACGCUCACUAGUGCCAGGCCGCAGAGGUACCAGCCUUCUCUUCUGCCUUACCUAGCCAACCUAAGUAUUUAUUUCCUCUUUCUGUCUCAAGUGUAGCAAAGCCUUACUGGUGCUGGUGCCCCGGGCAGGCUGCCUCAACUCUGAGGGAAAGGGGGUCGGGAAAUAGAGCACAGAAGCCGAUGUGGAGACUUCUGGUUUCCUUGCCCGGCACCGAAUGAACCCUCCGGGGCUGGUGAAAUAAAUGCUAGACCGCUAAGGGAUAGUGCAGGCGGGGCUCUGGGUGUCGGCUGCUUUCUUCCUUUGGAUGGAGGAGCAACGGAUAUGGGACGCUGGGAUGUGUGUGCGCACGUCCCCAGCCAGGGCCCAAGUUCAACUCCCUGUGCUGGCUGAACGCCUGCCUUGGGCUCUCAGACCCCCACAUUUAGAAGCCUGUGAAUGGCCGUGGUGCCGGGGAUUAGUUCUCUCUCUUCUGUCGGUCAUCUGAAAACCCCAGCUCAGAGAUGACUUGGUCUCAGAGCCUGGCUUCCUAGCCGCCAAGCAUCGGUGUUCGGUACAGCCAGGGUUAAAGGACCUUGCCUGCCAGUGCCAACAGCAGAACGGGGCCGGGCAGUAUCUGAAGUGCCUGCAACCGGCACAGAGGCCGGACGGAAGUCCAGAAGGCGCAGUGAUGGGACUUCAUUCGAUUCUGCACUCACUCAGCGCGGAUCCUUCCGCCAGACGGAGUUAAGAGCCCGGAUGCUGCUAACUCAGACUGGCUCUGCUUCUGCCGGAACACGUUUAGCGAAACUGCAUGCCGGGGGGCAGGGGCGGGGCAGUGGAGGGUCUAGCAGAGUGGCGUGGCAGCGGGCUGACUCGGCAGCCCUCGUGGGCUCCCCCGUGCUGCCUCGGAUCACUGCAGGCCGUCUCCACGCUCAAGGGCAGCCGAGAUGUGCAGGAUGCACUGACCAGGGAAACGCGCUCUCCUCUGGUUAAGCUGGGUAAAACUGUGUGACAAGGAGGCGCCGUGCUGGGAGAGAAGUCUGCUUUCCGUCCUGGUCCUCCACACCUAUCGCCCCGCUGCUGCUCCGGUUAGCCAGGGCCGCGUCCCCGCUGUGCGCAGAAGCCCAGCCAUAGCAGUUAAAUACAGUCAGGGCUAAAAGGCUUAAGCCUCAUAAAGCACCACCUUUGAUCAUCACAGUCUCUCUCUUCAGGUGCUGCUUAGAACUCUCAACACUUCUU